AUGGAGGACAACGGGAUUAGAUCGAGAGCGCGGUCGAAUUCUGCACGGGUGCUCGUUUUCGACGAGCCGAAAGCAGGACAAAAAUGUCCCAUACCCGCUGUACCAGCAGCCCAAACCUCCGCCAGACCGAAAAACACAGAUGCCCCGAAUGGCCCAUCAAAUUUGGUUAGGAUAAAAAAUUCGAAUUUAGGAAAAUCGGCCCCCUCUUUAUCCGUUAAUAUGAGGGACCUAAGCGGCGUCAGCAGGAGAAACAGCCGUCCAGCAGCAAUUCACCGAUUAAGUUUCAUACAAACUGCGUCUCCUUCGUUGCCUAGAUCGCACUCGCCCAACUGCGGUAGCCCCAUCGAUAGCCCUCGCACACAUAACAGCUUUCUCAAUUUUAAUUUCGCUCCGAUAAAAAGGAUUUGCGCCGGUUAUUGCGGAGAUGGUAGAAGAUGGUCGGUGGCGUCUUUGCCGUCGUCGGGUUACGGUACCACCCCGGGUAGUUCGAAUAUGUCGUCGAAAUGUUCUAGUCAAGAAAGGUUACAUCAGCUGCCCCAUAUACCAACAUCGGACGACAUCAGAAUGUUAACGCAACAUUUUUCCAGUAAUGAUAGUAACGCGUCUUUACCGCCAGGGAGUUACGAGGAAAAUCCAAUAUUGCAUAGGUCGCCACUACACAGACCUAGAUCAAGAUCACUUAGCAGUCCAAGCAGAUCUCCCGUUAUCGACAACGAAAUAUGCAUGAUGAACGUGUUAUAUAAGGAGAGAUUCCCCAAAGCUACGCAACAAAUGGAGGAACGCCUCACGCACUACAUCGACGAAAACAAAACCUUCGAUUUCGGCGAAGAUUGCGACUACCUUCCGAUUGUCCGUUUUGUGCAUCACCAAGUUUUGGAGAUGGCUCGCGAUUGUCUGCAUAAGUCGCAUAGCAAGCUGAUCACCAGCCGAUAUUUCUACGAGAUGUCCGAAAAUUUGGAGAGAUUAUUAACUGAAACUAAAGAAAAGUCUGAAGAUGCUGCCAAUCUAGUGACGGGUUUCGUUAAGAAGUUGCUGUUGAUCAUAUCGCGUCCAGCGCGUCUUUUGGAGUGCUUGGAGUUCGAUCCGGAGGAAUUCUACCACUUCCUUGAGGCCGCUGAAGGGCAAGUGAAAGGUACGCAGGUGAUAAAGGCCGACAUACCUCAAUACAUCAUACAAAAAUUGGGGUUGAAUCGCGACCCCAUCGCCGAACUGCAGCAAGAGUUAAGGGAUUGUUGGUCGUCAUCAAACGCUUCAUCUAGAAACUCCCUAUGCUUAACCUCCACUCCGACGAAUAAAAGCAAAAUUUCCAAUCCUGCCGAGACGGAUUACGAGGUCGUCAAACUGAUAUCGAACGGCGCUUACGGGGCUGUCUACUUGGUGAAGCACAAACAAACCAAACAACGAUUCGCAAUGAAGAAAAUCAACAAGAACAAUCUGAUGCUGAGGAAUCAAGUCGAGCAAGUGUUUGCCGAAAGGGAUAUCCUCAGCUUUGCCGACAAUCCUUUCGUUGUAAGUAUGUAUUGCAGCUUUGAGACGAAGAAACAUCUGUGCUUGGUUAUGGAGUACGUGGAGGGUGGGGAUUGUGCGAGUUUAAUCAAAAAUAUUGGCCCCCUACCGCCGGAUAUGGCCAGAUUUUAUUUUGCCGAAACCGUUUUGGCUGUUGAAUACCUGCACAGCUAUGGAAUCGUACAUAGGGACUUGAAGCCAGACAAUUUGCUUAUAACCGCCUUGGGUCAUAUAAAACUAACGGAUUUUGGUUUGAGUAAGAUGGGAUUGAUGUCACUUGCCACAAAUUUGUAUGAGGGUUACAUCGAUACAGAAUCAAGACAGUUCUCCGAUAAGCAAGUUUUCGGGACACCUGAAUAUAUAGCACCAGAGGUUAUAUUAAGGCAAGGUUACGGCAAACCAGUUGAUUGGUGGUCGAUGGGUAUUAUUCUGUAUGAGUUUCUGAUUGGUUGCGUUCCGUUUUUCGGCGAUACACCUGAAGAACUCUUCUCGCAUACGGUACAAGAUGACAUCGAGUGGCCGGAGAACGAAGAUUGGCCGGUACAAGAGGAAGCAAAGGAUCUCAUAACAGUUUUGCUGCAGCACUCGCCUAGAGACAGGCUGGGUACAGGCGGUGCCCACGAGGUUAAGGAACACUUUUACUUUUGCGGCGUGGAUUGGAACUCGCUUUUAAGGCACAAGGCGGAAUUCGUGCCUCAGUUGGAGCACGACGAAGACACGAGUUACUUCGACAGCAGAAUCGAUCGGUACAGUCAUGAAAUCGAAGAUGAUACCGACGACACCGACGAUUCGCCGGUGUUCGGUUUGUUUUCCUCUUGCUCGCCGCAGUACAGGAAGGUGCAUACGUCGUCUAAAUUGGCCAGCGAGGGCGAUAAUAGCGCGAAAACAAUUAAGAUUCUCACUACCUCGGUACAACCUACUACCCCCGAACCAAAAGCAGAACUGAAAGACUUGAAGGCCAAGUUGAGGCCGAUAAAGCUGCUGCAAACGCCGGACAAAGACGCCGAAAUUCUGCCUUCCGAGCCUAGAAAAAUUUCGUUGGAUUUGUCGCUGUGCGCGAUGAGCACGCCGGAAUCGUCGCAAACUGACAGCGACGACGUGUCGCCUCAAAUAUACCGCAGGAGGAAAACCGGACACGGCAGAGAUAUACUGCCGAAGUUCUCGAUUUCCGUCGAGGACGACCAUUCCGGUUUUGAUACCGGUACCGGUUCUUCAUCGGAGAACAGAGAACAUUCGCCACUGGGCGGUAGAUUGCAGCAAUCGUCGUCAUCGGCAGUUGUACCCAACACGACCACCAAACACAAAUCCAGAUCGGUGGUAAAAAGCGCGUCUGCUUCGGGUUUGUCCCUCAUGAUUCCGUCGGACGAAUUCCAGACCCCCACGCACACAAUCCAUUCGCCCAGCGGCGGUGGCGGCGGUGGGGGUGGAUCCAGCACUGCCAGUUCGAGGGACACGUCGCCUUGCCGCGAGCUGUCGCCGCUAGUGACGAGCCUAAAACCGCCGAUUAUCAUUCGCAGAGGACCCAAAGGGUUCGGUUUCACGGUGCACACCAUCAGGGUUUACUACGGCGACACCGACGUCUACACGAUGCACCACUUGGUGAUGGCGGUCGACGAAGGCAGCCCCGCCUUCGAAGCUGGAUUGAGACCGGCGGACCUGAUAACACAUAUCAACGGGGAGACGGUGCAAGGGCUCUACCACACGCAAGUGUUGCAGUUACUGCUAGGGGGCGCCGAGCAUGUCAGUCUGAGAGCCACGCCUUUGGAACAAACCACCAUAAAAACCGGCGGACGGAAGAGAGAGCCCGGGCAAAGCAAACUGGCCAAACGCAGUCUGAACAGACAAAAGAAACAGAAAAGGGACAGCGACAAACGAAGGAAGACUUCUUUAUUUAGACGCAUAAGUAGCAAAAGAGCCAGCGUUGAAAUUCAGCAGAUGGCAGCCAGUAUACAGUCGCCGGUUUCGGUGAUGCCGAGCAGAAGUUUCCAAUCGUUUCCCAGGACGCAGGACAGCAGUUACUCCACCGCGAGCACUGUCCGCAGUUGCGGAACGAACCGUUCCAGUCUCUCGCCUUCGGACCUCUCGGCCAACUCGACGCCUCAAAGUACAACCUCGAGCACCCCGAGCCCUUCCAGCGCGCCGCAGAGGAGCAGCAAGCAACACUAUCAACGGCCGUCCACGUUGCACGGGCUCAAGCACAAGCUCCACUCGAGCGGAUGCCCGAAGACCCUGCACGCGGCGGGCCCGUCCUGCGCGCCGUCGGUGCCGAACCGCAGAAAAUCCGUGGGCCACAUUCCCCUCUCUCCGCUAGCCAGGACCCCCUCUCCGUCGCCUUUGCCGGCCUCGCCGACGCGCUCCCCGAGCCCGCUGGCGUUCCCGAUAGGCCAUCAGCCGGGCAGCUCGAACACCACGCAAUCUUACAGCCCCAGCGCGGGGACCGCCCCCAUCCCGGUGUGCUCUCAAAGCAAGAAGGGUUUCGUGCGCGCCAAAGGCGCCGAGCCCGGAUCGCCCUUGCUGCGCAGAGCGUUAUCCCCGGAUCGUCUGCAUCCCAGAAGCGCCGAGACCAAGUGCUCGAUAUCGCCGCUGUGCUCCUCGGGAAAUCCGCAAACGGCUGUCAAAGCGUCGUCGACGAGAUGCGGCAGCACUUCGAGCGUGUGGCGCCCGAAUGCUCAACCGGAGAGGGACAAGGACUCCGAUUUGGAUCUCUCCCAAUCCCAAUCAAAUGAUACCAGUCUGAACUCGGAGAACCGUCUCUCCCUCAACUUGUCGGGGCCGGGCGAACUGCUGCCGCGCAUCGCCGAAGAAAAGGACUCGCCCACCGGCGGCCAGGAAAAAGACAAGCCCGAUAAUAAAUCGGAGAGCAAAGAGAAGGGCAAAUGUUUCGGGGAUUUGCAGCAAAGCAAGAGUAAAAAGUGUGAUAGAGGUCCGGACGAAGCGAACCAGACCAAGAUUAUCGAUAAAUUUAAGGUUAAUAAAGCUUGUGAUAAUAAACCCACCGCUGAGGUAGGUAGCAAAACACAACAAAAAGACAAGUCUGAAGCCGAUUCAAAAUCGAAAGAGGACGUUAAAUUGAAAGAUACCAAGUCGGCCAGCGCCAAGGCCGACAUUAAGAACGCGUGCAAACCGCUUGCAAAAUAA